UACAGAAACAAGUUUGAUGAUGUCCUGAUGUCCAAGGAUUACACGAUAAGUCCAGAUCCAUAAACAUUUCCUUAUACACUGCCACAAAGUCCUACUUAAAACUUAAGAAAAGGUUGGUUGCCUUAAGAUUAAACAAACUUUGUAUGCAUUCAUACAACAUUAUCACAUUCACCGCCUUAUGCCUAAGGUGGUAAUGCACUUGUCUAUUUCCACCAGAUUACAUAACUAAUUGCUAGCUACAGUACACCACUAAAUGAUGUACAUUGUAAAAGUAACAUCCUGACCAUGUAAUUGAAUGGUAAGUUUGUUGACUUGUCAAACAGAGACACACCAUUUCUAAUCAACUUCUCUCACAAAAAUUGAAAAAUGAAUGCCAGGUAAUACACCAAUCUGCCUCAAGCAACAUGACAAUGAAGAGAGGACAAGCAGACUGACUUCAUGUUAUUUUGGCCGAAAUGAAUAUUACAGUGUGUCAGAAUAGACGGACCAUAUUUAGUUGUUAUCGACAGAAAAAAGAAAGACAAAUCACUAGACAUACACAUAUUUUGUACCAAAUUCAAAUGACAUAGUAUAUGCUUGUCUUUACACUUGAAGUAUGUGCAAGAAUUCUGAUGCUACUUGUUCAUCAAAUCAUCAUUUCUCACUCUUCGCUUAUUUUCAGAUACUAAAUAAGCUGCAAAGCCCUGGACAGUGACAGCCCUGGAGAUGAGGAAAAGCAAUUUGGAACAAAUAUCCAGUGAAAAAAUGCCUGGUUGGAAAUGGUCUAGCCCACUUGACAAUACUUCAAGUUGAACUUGACCAUAUGAAUGUGAUGCACAUGUAAUUCUGAAGCCUUACAUACAUGUACAUAUCACAUGAAGAUGUGUAUUAUGCCACUGAAAAAUACGAAACUGAGCGCAUCAAAUGAGUUAUAACUCAAAAUCUCACUGCGUUGUAUUUUAAUUAUCAAACAAUUAUACCAGCAAUAUUGACUUUAAACAAUUGCAGACAAUACCAUUAAUAGCUGGGUAAUAAUAAACUGAGUCCUCGAUUAGAAUUUAAAUUCUGACAUAUCUUGAUUGAUGGGCAUGACGAGUAAUAAAUGAACUCCAUGCAAGCAUGCCACAUGGCUAAAUUGCAGUUAAAAAUUGCUGGCCAAAUAAAUUUGCCGACAGCCAGGGAUUUAUUGACACAAAAUGUAAUUGAACUCCACAGGCCAGUUGUGGAUCUGGGCAUAAUUGAGUAGGGGGAGAAGAGAAAGGUACAUGUGGGCAUGUGCAAAGAGCCAUAAAAAGGUAACUGAAGUACAAACUCUGGCCACAACAGCUGUGUCUCUAAGUUUGAAAUGAUAAGAGCAUUUAACAGUCACUAUGGAUGAGUGCUAAUACACAUAUACUGACAACAGCAAGUGUGAUAAAACAAUAGGUUUUUAUGCAUGGUAACAUGUUUUAUGCACAUGAUGAAAUUCAGAAUACUUUGCAUUUUCUGAUCGUUUUGGGAGGACUCCAUCUGCAGUAACUGAUGAGCAACAACAAAUGGAUUAUUGAGAUUUGAGUACAAAAAUGAAUCAAACAGCAGGCCACGACUUGUUGGAAAGCACUUCUGCUUCCACUGAGUCUGAUGAAUGCGGACUUGUGUAUUCGGUUACUGAUAUAAUUGUAGCAUCUGUUAUCGGAGUCAUCGUUGCACUGAUCAUCAUCCUGAACACUCUAUGCCUGUGGGUGCUACGGCGGGUCAAGAACAUCAAUGACACCUCCAAGGUGUUCUUGUAUUCUCUGACCUUCUCCGACCUGAUGGUGGGGAUUUUCCCCGGUAUCCCUACUGUGGUCCUGCUGGCGUCCAAAUCGUGGCCAUUUGGAGAAUUCCUGUGCACUGUGCAUGCUAUGUUUGGCCACUACACCCAUGGAACGAGCAUCUACUCUUUGUUGCUACUUACUGUUGACCGUUACAUCUCUGUGGUGUUCUCACUUAGGUAUCCCUCUCUGGUGACCGUUGUGCGAGCGCGGAUCACGGUGUGCAGCAUUUGGAUAAUCUUUUUCCUCGUGCUGACAGUCUACGGUUUUGUUGCCGAGUGGGACUACAGGAUAGUGGACCCUAUUCUCAAGUGUGGUUGGAGUGUCAGGCAUGGGGAACAGGGAAUUCCAACAAGAGGCACGUCGAAUGAUUACCCUCUGCUCACCCAUUGCAAAUCAUCCUGAGAAUCCUUCUACCGUCCACGACAGCAAUGAGGAGCUUACCUCCUACGAAUGAGAGAAGCAUGUUCCUCAUCCACUGGUGCAUGAUUGAAAGAGGGUGCUCCAUUACCAACAAUACCAAACAAUGUCUGUUAAGGGUUAUUACUGUAAAUUAUGAUAAUUUUCACUGAAAAGACUACAUAAUGACCAAUUGGGGUCAUGGUAGUGUACUCACCAGACAUGCAUCAAUGCCAGGUGGUCAACUUUACACUAAAGUUUGAGCUUUUCACUUCAAGUUUUAAAGAAAAAUUGAACAACAUAAUCUCUGAAAGCAAAAUGUAAUUAUUCGUGGAUAUGCUAAGCUGUGUUAAGACAGACUAAUUUUAAUGCAUCAUUGAGAACUGGGUGCGUUAAUUCUAUCAAAGGAUGCUUUAUUUGCCUGAAUGCAAACAUGUGGAUGACUUUUUGAAAAAAAUGUUUAAUUUCACUGCAAAAUGACCACUGUGACAAAAAGUUGACUUUGUUAUCAGCAGGGUCUACCCGUACAAAUUCCGGAAUAGACUUGUGUUGUUGGGACUUUACUAAGUUGCU